GACACGAAAGGAGUGAAAUCAAAGUGACUGUGCUGGGUGGGAAAUUUUGCAUGCGCCUUUUACGCACAGGGGAGCUUCCCUGUAUGUAAAACAACAACGCUGAAACGUGGUGGUGAACUUGUUCCACUUUUUUUAUAAAGAAACACAGACAGGAAGGAGGGCUGAACAUUUGUCUGAGCAAGCACAGCUGGACAGGACUGAUUUACUGGAUACACAAAUCUCACAUAACGGUUUGUCUGCUGACUGUUUGCACAGAGGUGUGUGUGCAUAAAGGAUAAGAGGCAGCUACGUCUAAGAAAUUUCAGUCUGCUAUCUGAAGAGUUCCUGUAGUUUCCUUCUGAAUAUCUUCUAUCAAGCAGCAAAAAUGGAGCGGAUGGAAGACGAGAAGCCGAAGAAGAAGGUGACCCUUUACCUCCUCUACUGCGUCUCUACAGCAGUCAUCGGCUCGCUACAGUUUGGCUACAACACCGGGGUCAUCAAUGCACCAGAGCAGAAACUGCGUAGGUUUUUCCAGAAUGUGUCCAUUGACCGGUACGGGGAGCCCUUCAGCCCGGGAGCCAACACCAUGGUGUGGAGCUUUGCUGUGGCCAUCUUCAGUGUGGGAGGCAUGAUCGGGUCUUUCUCUGUCGGAGCAAUGGUCGACAAAUUUGGCAGGCGUAAGUCCAUGCUGCUCAAUAAUAUCCUGGCUGUACUUGGCGGGGGUUUCAUGGGACUGUCGGGUGUGAGCAAUUCUUUUGAGAUGGUCAUCGUCGGCCGGUUCAUCAUCGGAGUGUUCUGCGGCCUGUGCACGGGACUGACACCCAUGUACGUGGGCGAGAUCUCUCCCACCGCUGUCCGAGGAGCCUUCGGCACUCUGCACCAGCUGGGUGUAGUUAUAGGCAUCCUGGUGGCACAGAUCUUUGGUCUGGAGUUUAUUCUUGGCUCAGACUCUCUGUGGCCUCUGCUGCUGGCUCUCACCAUCCUGCCGGCCAUACUGCAGAGCAUCAUGCUGCCCUUCUGCCCUGAAAGCCCCCGCUACCUGCUGAUUGUCCUCAACCAGGAGGAGGAGGCAAGAAAAGCGCUGGUGCGUCUGCGUGGCACUGAGGAUGUGAGUGAUGAUAUUAAGGAGAUGAAGGAAGAAGGAAUGAAGAUGUCCAUGGAGAAGAAAGUGACCAUCCUCGAACUCUUCCGCUCCCGAAACUACCGUCAACCAAUCAUCAUCGCUAUAGUCCUCCAGCUCUCUCAGCAGCUGUCUGGCAUCAACGCUGUGUUUUACUACUCUACAGGUAUAUUUGACACAGCUGGAGUUACUCAACCUAUCUACGCCACCAUAGGAGCUGGAGUUGUCAACACUGUGUUUACUGUCGUCUCUCUCUUCCUGGUUGAACGGGCGGGAAGAAGGACAUUGCACCUGAUUGGUCUGGCUGGAAUGGCUACAUUUGCCCUCAUUAUGACGAUCUCCCUGUCUUUGGUGGUGAGUGAUGUUUGCACGAUUCCUGUGAGCUUACAAAAGUGUCCCUGUCGCUCCCUCAUUACAUCUUGUCCUCAUUCUCUCUCUGAGCAGAAAACUAGCCCAAAUCUGAGCUACUUGGCCAUCGUGGCUGUGUUCGGCUUUGUUGCCAGUUUUGAGAUGGGUCCAGGUCCCAUCCCCUGGUUCAUCGUGGCUGAGCUCUUCUCCCAGGGGCCCCGACCUGCUGCCAUGGCCGUCUCUGGUUUCUCCAACUGGACCGCCAACUUCCUGGUGGGGAUCGGUUUCCCUAAACUGGAGGAACUUUGUGGUCCUUACGUCUUCAUCAUCUUCAUGAUCCUCCUCAUCUUCUUCUUCAUCUUCACCUACCUGCGAGUGCCUGAGACCAGAGGAAGGACCUUUGAUGACAUUGCUCAGGGAUUCGCUGCCACAGCAGGGAAACCCCCUGCAGAGGCUGAGGCGGUGGUCACGGAGGGAAAAGAACCUGCUCCCACGUCCCCCACAGACAAGGUUCCCAUGGUGGAUCUUCCUUAGAGAGAAGAAGGAAGACUCAGGGUACAACACAGACAACAGGGUUCAAACACAUAGAUAUUGUAAGGAGUUAUAUUUCAUAAAACACAAAUGGUGAAAGAGCAGCGGGGUGUGUUUAGAAAAAGCCAACUAAAUACAGCGUUAAAGAUUCCCCAGUCACUAAAAUAAUUGACAGACUUCUCUGUAAUCCUGCUUUAAACGUCGGCCAAACUUAACUGAAUUACCAGUACUUAAUAUUUGUUGACAUUCCCACUGCCAGCUCCACGCAUACUGCCAUAUAAGAGGAUCAACAUAUGUUCAGUGUUAGCCUAAGUCCCAGGUCUUCAGCUACCCCCAUUGGUAAAAGGUUGUGGGAUUUGGGGGUUUUCUGUAUUGAGGUCAAGCUUGAAAAGCCGGUUUUGGAGCCCGGUAGUUUGACCCAAAAAAAAAAAAGACUGACUUGCUGUCCUGUCUGCCUGCCUGAUAUGCCUUGCUGCCAGGGGGAGGGAGCCAUGUUGUUCUCUUCUUGACU